AGAGCGAUUUAUUAUACUUUGAUGCAACACCUACAUCCCCAUAUUAUACCUUGCGUUUUGGAUGCUCCUAAGGGUAUAUUCAUGCACCGCUUGGCAAUGACCCUUGAUGAUCGUCUAGCCAAACAGAUUCUCUCGGGGCUCAAGAAACGAGGCGGCAGGCAACUAUCAAGCACAAUACCCUGGCUUGUGCAUCUCAGCUAUGUCUAUGGUGACCUGCGGUUAGCAAAUAAUUUCCUUACAUGGGAAGAGGUAGUUAAAUCGGGACAUUUUGACUGUGCAGUCAAGAUAGGGGAAAGGCUUGUAGUUUUAACUGUUUUAUUCGGCAAAUUAUAUUCAAGGUAG